CUGUCAGAACAGAUGUCCAACUCUGUCUCCGGUAUGGACACGUACCCGUCUUCCGUUAACGGCGUGUCCUACACUGAAGCUCCAGAAGCGGCGCAGCAUCAGGAUCCCUUCGCCGGUCCGCUCAAGUCGGUCGCGUCCUGGAACUACACGUUUCUUGCCUGCUUGAUGUUUGUAGUGACUUCCCUUUCGCUGGCUGAAAACUCCACAGUCAUGUUCGUAACCUACAAGUUUAAACAGCUGAGACAGCCCCUGAAUUACAUUAUUGUCAACUUGUCUGUGGCUGACUUCUGCUUGUCGCUGGUCGGAGGUACACUGAGUUUCCUGACCAACGCGCGGGGUUACUUCUUCCUGGGCAGGUGGGCGUGCGUGCUCGAGGGAUUCGCCGUCACGUUUUUCGGUAUUGUGGCUCUCUGGUCUUUGGCAAUUCUGGCUUUCGAGCGUUUCUUUGUGAUCUGUCGCCCAAUGAAAAAUGUUCGUUUGGGAGUCAAACAUGCAGCACUGGGUCUUCUGUUUGUCUGGACUUUCUCCUUUAUCUGUACUAUUCCUCCAGUGCUUGGCUGGAACAGUUACACCGUCAGCAAGAUUGGCACUACUUGUGAACCCAACUGGUACUCAAGAGACUACAAGGACCAUACUUACAUAAUCAUCUUCUUUGUCACCUGCUUUAUUCUUCCACUUGGAGUAAUUAUUGUCUCCUAUGGCAAACUCAUGCAGAAACUCAGAAAAGUAUCCAAUGCUCAUGGGAAACUGGGUAAUACACGGAAACCAGACCGGGCUGUGGCAAGGAUGGUCAUUGUAAUGAUAAUUGCCUAUAUGGUGGGCUGGACACCUUAUGCAGCGUUCUCCAUCAUCGUCACAGCCUAUCCAACCAUCUAUAUUGACCCUCGCGUUGCCGCAGCACCAGCCUUCUUCGCUAAGACUGCAGCUGUAUACAAUCCGGUCAUUUAUGUAUUUAUGAACAAGCAGUUCAGGAAGUGCCUGAUUCAGAUGUGUAAAGGCAAUGGAAUCAGCAUGGACUCUUCCAAUUUGAAUGCAGCCUCAGACAAAGGGCCCACCACACAAACAGAAAGUCACAAUAGGGAGAUGUCAUCCAUUGCUGCCCGUGUACCCAUGACCAUGUGCAACCUGGAGAAGACUGUUGAGGAGAAUGAUGAAGAAAAGAAUCUGAAUGAAAGUGGAGGCUCCAUGCAACUUCCUCUUUCAGAGAGUAGAGUGUGUCCUCUAUAGAGCAUCCCUUCCCUAGCGAAAUGACCUACAGCUUAAUGCAUAUCUGCUUAGGCAUACCUAAG